AUGGCAGAAGUCAGUAGCUCGUAUUUUAGUCUCCCAUCAGAACUCUUAUUGCCAAAGCCAAAGCGCUACCACAUGCAUACAAAAGCACCCAGCGCCUGUACUACCGCUUCAAAAUCAGAUGCGAGCUUGAAAAACCAGCUUUUAGAAGAAAUAAGCCAAAUAAUUUAUGGAAAAAGAUCACAAAAUAAAUUAGAUACUUCAAGUACACAGUGAAAGCCCAAAAUAUUAGUAACACCAAGAUCAUCAAACCCUAUAAUAGAAGACGAGCUUUUCAAAGAAUUUGAUAAAGAAAUGUCUCCCUAA